AGGCUUCCCAGUGCUCCUUCGGAAGGUGUUGCUCAUCCUGCAGGCUGAGCCAGGGGCCUUGGGGCUGCUGCUGCACCAACGGGGUCCGGAGCGUUUCCCUACAGCGAGCAGGAAGCCUCAGCUUCGCACCUCGGCGGCGGCGGCGGCAUCCCAGGAGCCAGCGAGCUCCCCGGAGGCAAAGGGCGGAGGGGGAGAGCCAGUCCACCGUGGGCUGGGAGCAGCCUCCGGGCGACGGGUGGGUUUCGGCGGCUGCCUGUAAAGCGGGGUGUGCCGCGGCUGAUGUCGCCGACAGACACGAUGCUCGGGAUCUGAGCUCACUGCCUGGCCAGGAUGAGCUGGAGUUUCCUGACACGGCUCUUGGAGGAGAUCAACAACCACUCAACCUUCGUGGGCAAGAUUUGGCUGACCGUCCUCAUUGUCUUCCGCAUUGUGCUGACAGCCGUGGGGGGUGAGUCCAUCUACUACGACGAGCAGAGCAAGUUUGUCUGCAACACGCAGCAGCCCGGCUGUGAGAAUGUCUGCUACGAUGCCUUCGCCCCACUCUCCCACGUCCGCUUCUGGAUCUUCCAGAUCAUCAUGGUGGCCACGCCAUCGGUGCUCUACCUGGGCUUUGCCAUGCACCGCAUCGCCCGCAUGCCUGAGUCCUUGCGGCGCCGGGCGCCGGCAGCCCGGCGGGCACGCAUGCCAGUGGUGCGCCGGGGAGCCGGGCGGGACUAUGAGGAGGCAGAGGAUGAUAACGAAGAAGACCCCAUGAUCUUUGAGGAGAUUGAGGUGGAGAAGGAGAAGAGCCCGGAGGGUGGAGAGAAGCAUGAUGGCCGGCGCCGCAUCAAGCAGGAUGGGCUGAUGCGCGCCUAUGUCCUGCACUUGCUGUGCCGCUCGCUGCUGGAGAUGGCUUUCCUCUUUGGGCAGUACCUGCUGUACCGCUUCGAGGUGAGCCCCUCCUACGUCUGCAGCCGCAGCCCCUGCCCGCAUACCGUCGACUGCUUUGUCUCCCGCCCCACCGAGAAGACCAUCUUCCUCCUUGUCAUGUAUGCCGUGAGUGGGCUCUGCCUCUUCCUCAACCUCUGUGAGCUCGUGCACCUUGGCGUGGGGCGCAUCCGUGACGCCCUGAGCCAGCCCGAUGGCCCCUCGGUCCCGGCUGGUGGCAGCCCUGCGCCGCAGUACCCCAAGAAAGCCCCCAGCGCACCCCCCACCUACCACUCGCUGAAGAAGGAGCCGCUGCGAACCCCACUGCCCGACGGCAAGCUGGACUACCGGGAGAGCCUGGCCCAGGCGGCGGCAGCGGGGCGCUUCGCCUUGGCCGGGGCUCCCCCAGCGCACGAGCUGGACCGGCUGCGUGAGCACCUGCGCCUGGCCCAGGAGCACCUGGAGGUGGCCUUCCACCUCCAGCCCCCGCCGCGGCCCCCCAGCCCUGCCCGCAGCAGCAGCCCCGAGGCCAAUGGCAUUGCCGUUGAGCAGAACCGCCUCAACCUCGCCCACGAGAAGGGGACCACCGCCUGCGAGAGGACCACGGGGCUGUGAGUGCCAUCAGCGACGACAGCGGUGUCUGCUGGAACGGCUGCCACCGCCACUACAGGACAGCCAGCCUGCCAGGAGCUCGGGGUGAAGGGUGACUCGCGCCUGCCCGGCAGGGCUGGCCAGGCAGCCCUGACCCGCUGGGCAGCAGUGGGCAUGGGGGCCUUGGGUGACAUUCCUACUUAAUUUUCAAAAAGGGAAUCUUAUUUUUGUACAUUUUUAUAAACCUGUCAGCGUGUGCACCCUGGCAUUUUUAUACUCCACUCCCAAUCUCUGCUCUGGCCCGGUGCCCCCCUGUCUCCUGUUUCACCCCCUUUUCCUCACCCACACCCAUUUCCCACAGCAUCUUCUCCUCACACCUCCCCGUGCCCUCCCAUGCCCGCUGCCACCCACCGCUGUGCCGACUGGUGCUGUGCACGUGCGAGCCAUGCUGGUGAUGCUGGCAUCGCCCCUGUGGUGCGGGGGUUUCGGGGAGCCGAGCCUGGGGUCCGGCUGGCUGGGCCAAACCAUGGGGCAGGGCGCUGGGCCGGCAUUAUGCUUGAAGCGGAGGGGACGGAAGGGGUCCUGGCAGCACCACUGCCGGAAAGCGCCGAUGCGGCCAGGGGGGCCGUGCUGUGCAGUGCCCUGGCACGGGGUUGCGAGCUGCGGGGCUGGCCUGCUCAGAAAUGUCUGUGCAGAGGGCAGGGGCUGUCCUUCCCGACGCCUCCGCCUCGCUCCCGGCCGGCUGCCCUCGGACCAAAGCCCAUCCCCUCCUGCUCUGGCCGCGGGGCUGGGACCCCCUGCGCAGGGCCAGACCCGGGUCCCAUGGCGGGGGGACAUGGUGUCCUGAGCCAGGCGCCAGCAGGGUGUUUCUGAUCAUCUCAGCCUGGGUCACACGGGGAUUUUUGUAGCGUUACUUUUUACUCAGAAAUGAUUGUCACUCUGUUUUUUCUUCUUCUUUUUUUUUUUUUUUUUUUUUUUAAUAUCUAUAUUAGUAAAGCCUGGAGACGUUUUGUACUGAA